AGCAUAAAAGCAAUUGUGUAUGAGAAAUAAGUGCAGUUACAAUGCUCUUAUUGUAAUAUAUUGUUUGCAAUUAUAGAAUUUUCACAUAUUAAAAAAGUUUUAUGAGCUUUGACUUUCUUGGGUAAAAGAAAAAGGUUUUACUUCGAGCUGAUUAUAUUCAACCACAUGAUAAAAUGGAUGCGACCGACGACGAGAUCCUUCCAAGAUUGUAUCAAACGCAGUUAGAAGAAAUUGCAGUUAAAAAAAAUACAAUAAUUUUUCUUCCGACAGGUUCGGGUAAAACUCACAUUGCGAUAAGUUUGAUAAAGAGGCUGAGAGAUACAUUGCAGAAGCCCUGGGGUUUCGGCGGGAAGAGAUGUUUUUUUCUUGUCAACACUGUGCCCUUAGUGGCUCAACAGAAAAAAACUAUUGAACGAUCAUGUCCUGUGCACGGAGUGGCCGGUUUUAGCGGUGAAGACAACGUCGAUUAUUGGAAUAAGGCGCAGUGGGACAGUGAACUUUCCAAAUAUCAGGUGAUAGUGAUGACGUGUCAGAUCCUAAGCGACAUGCUGACGCACCAGUACCUCCAGCUCAAGGACAUCAGUCUUCUGAUUUUCGAUGAGUGUCAUCACGGAGUCGAGGACCAUCCUAUGAGACUCAUCAUGAAGCACUUUCUCAACUGCCCCAAGAACGAACAACCCAGAGUUCUAGGUCUGACAGCGACACUGCUGAAUAGUAACGUGAAGUUGAAUAAGAUACAAGAAACUAUCCGGCACCUGGAGACAACCUUCCAGGCUUCCAUAGCCACGGCCGACGACAUGGGAGAGGUCGCCAUGUAUUCAACGAAUCCCAGAGAACAAUUACUAUACUACCGCCGCCCCUCGGCGACUCCCGCGGCCUCUGAAGCAGUGGACUUGUUGAGGCGACUCCAACAGAUAGUGCUGCAGUUCGAACUGCCGAACACCGUUCAGAAACACGACAUCGAGUUGGAACCUCACCAGCGAGACAUCACCGGGGAUCCCAAGAAGAUAAUAAAAGCUGUGAAGAACAUGAUUGAGUCCAUGAUAUUGUCUAUUUGUGAUCUGGGAGUGUACGUUGGAGCCCUAGGGCUCCUGGCGAACAUCGUGGCCCUCGAGAGAAGGAAGCGGUGGGCCUCCAGUCAGGUCGAGGAACUCUUGUACACCGUCACCAUAACGGCAGCGGUCGAAGCUCGCUCCGUUCUCUUGGAUUCAAUGAAAAAUGAGAGCGGUUACGAAAAAAUUAUACGACACUCAUCGGAGAAGACCGUCCAACUGCUGAAUAUAUUGAAAGAAUACAACCCGCGGCCCCCCGUCAGGCGAGCGCUCAAGGUGAAUCAGGAGAGGAACGCCCUCUGUGGGUUGAUCCUGACCCAGCAGCGGUUCACAGCCAAGAUCCUGUACAACCUACUGAAGGACGUCGCGGAGGUAAACGACGAAGAGUUCGGCUUCCUGAAGCACGACUUCAUAGUGGGCUUCAAUAUAUCGCCGCUCUGCUCCACCAGGGAGCAGCACUAUAACAAGAAGAUCAGCGAACAAGCACUACUGAAGUUCAAGAACGGCGAUCUGAACUGUCUGAUCGCGACCAGUGUGGUGGAGGAAGGACUGGACGUUCCUCAGUGCACUCUGGUGCUGAGAUACGACGUGCCCCUCGAGUACCGCUCCUACAUCCAGAGCAAGGGUCGUGCGAGAAACAAGAAGGCCAAUUUCGUGAUAUUAGUGGAUGAAGAGAACAGACAGAAAUUUAAUAGUCAGUACAGAGCGUUUCAGCAGGUGGAGUCGUACCUGAACGGGAUGCUGUGCGGCGGUGAGGUGAGGAACACUCCGUCUGAAGCCGAAGUCAAAGAGAAUCUGAACGAUGAUGAUUGUAUCCCGGCCUAUAAAACGAGAAACGGAAAUGCCUUAUUCGCGGUGUCCGCUAUAAGUCUGUUGAACCGCUACUGCUCAGUGCUGCCUCACGACCAGUAUACCACGAUCCUGCCCAUGGUAAUCCAGGAGCCGGCGCAGGGGAACAAGACCAUGGUCACCAUCAUCAUGCCGAUCGCCUGCCCCAUCAAGGAACCGGUCCAGGGCCGGCCCAUGUCCAGUGUUAAGAAUGCAAAGAGAUCUGCGGCCUUGAACGUGUGCAUCAAACUUCAUAAGGCCGGAGAACUGGACUACGAGACCUUACUGCCAAAAGUGAAGGGGCUAAUAGACUUUUCUACGACGGACGUGUCGUCGUGUUUUCCGAACUGGCGCGAUGAGACCGAGGUCUCGGACGAGGGUCCCCCGGGAACCAAGAAGAGGGUCAGGAAACAUCCCGUACAUUAUCCCAAAUGCCUGGACGGCCCGAAGACGAGGGACGAGCUCACCAAAUGUUAUCUCCACGUCAUAAAGCUGGAGACAGCCUUCGACGAGCCGAGCGACGCCAGGGAGAAGGCGUUGUACGACAUGCUGCGGAGGAAGGAGGGCUACGGGUUUAUCACGUUCGAUAGGCUGCCGGAGCUGUGCGCGUUCCCUAUGUUCCUCACAGUGGGGGAGGUCCGCACUACGCUUCAAGUUAACUACGCCGCCAUCAUCCUCGAUACGUCUCACUUAGAACUCAUCAAGCAGUUCCAUUUCUUCAUAUUCGAUCAAGUGUUGGAGAUCGCCAAAAAGUUUCUAGUGCACGACGGGCGGGUCAACAACCUGUACGCGGUGCCCCUGAAAUACGACAACGGUUACGAUAUAGACUGGAACGUGAUGCAGACAUACAAACAGAUAGCGCCGUGCGACGAGCCCACGGCACAGGAGCGCGCGUCUCUGAGUGUCACCAAGGAAAUGUACGACAACUGUGUAGUGACGCCCUGGUACAGAGGCAGUCUACACCCCGACAGGUACAUAGUGUCCAGAGUUCUGGAAUACCUCACGCCGUACUCCAAGUUCGAGGACAACUCGUUCGAGACCUUUGCCGAUUACUACAGCAACAAAUACAACCUUGAGAUCCUCGGCAGGAAGGACCAGCCGCUGCUGGAGGUCCGUAACAUAAGCAGUCGUAUGAACUGCCUGCUCCCCCGCGCGGCGACCAUCCGCGGCCUGAGCGACAAGCAGCGCCGGCUGGCGUCGCUAGCUCACGGCGACUACAAGCCCAGAGAGUUCACUGAACUCUUCGUGCCAGAGUACUGUGUGCGGGCGGACUACCCCGCGCAUCUAUGGUACAAGGCCAUCAUUCUACCCAGCAUCGUCCACCGGGUCACCAUGUUACUGAUCGCUGAGGAGCUGCGAGUGCAGAUCCUGACCGACACCCAGAAAAGCCAGGGCACGCUGACUAAAGGUGUAAGUUGGCUUCCCAUAGAAGUGGAUCACUUUGUUGUGAAGAGAUCCUUGCUGUCCAAUUUAGACGAACCUGCUCCUAUAAACAGCGUCGACAGAAUAAACAACCCCAUAGACGAAACGGCACAGAAACCGCCCAACAUCGUCUCCCUGAAGCAGAGCGUGUAUCAACUCCAGAAGAAGAAGGUGUCCAAGAACUAUCCUUGGGACGAGAGCAUGGAACCCAUUGAUAUCGAGCGGAACCUGUCCCGGGUCACGGUUAUGGACAUAGAGUGCUACGACUCCUUCGUGACGGCGCCCCUUGCUGCAAAGGAGCCCGUCUCUCUGCUUCGGAAUUCACCCAAAGUGAAGACGCCCCUCUCCACCGCCCUCCUGCCGCCGCCGCUACGAUACAAGGACACUAUAUCCGUUCUAUCCACCGCAAGUUCCCGUCGCGGGCCCGAGCCUCGCGAGGUGUUGAGCGCGCUCACCCUCAUCAAGUCUAACGACACCUUCAACCUGGAGCGCUCCGAGACCCUGGGCGACUCCUUCCUCAAGUUCGCAGCCAGCCUAUACCUGUUCCACAAGUUCCCGCAGAUGGACGAGGGACAACUCACCAACCUCAAGAGCCGGCUUAUUGGAAAUAGAAAUCUGUAUUACGCCGGCGAGCGUGCUGGGUUGGCUGGCCGUAUGAAAGUGGAACAGUUUAGUCCUCGGAGCGACUUCCUGGUGCCCGGGUUCCUCGCACCCAGCGAGCUCGUCUCAUUCAUCACAAGACGGAAGAUCCGUCCGACAUUCCUCAUAGGGGUUCAAUUCCCAGUAGAGGACGCGCUCUCUGGGAAUCUGUCCCCGGAGAGCAGAUCCUUACUACAGGAGAAGUUAAAGGACUCGGACUUGGCGGAAGAAGAACCGUUCGGUAAGGCUCAGAACGCGAUGCAGAGGUACAUCGGCGCUCAAGCGGUCUCUGAUAAGUCAGUAGCGGACUGUGUGGAGGCUCUCAUAGGCACUUAUCUCCUGAGCGGAGGCAUUACGGACGCCGUGAGCAUACUAGAGUGGUUCAAAAUAAUACCAUCCGAGGAUAAAUUCUUGAGUUUUUUGACCAAGAAGGUGAAUACGGUGAUAAGUGAGGGCAAGGCGACCGUCCAGGAAGUGGACUGGUUGCUUAACAGCUGUAGAUCGGACAUUGAAACAAUUCUGGGAUACAAGUUUAAGGACCCUUCGCUCUUACUGGAGGCCCUCUCACACGCCUCAUACAUCCGUAACCGAUACACGCGUUCGUACGAGCGAUUGGAAUUUUUGGGCGACGCCAUUUUGGACUUCCUGAUAACGGCCUACAUCUACGAGAACUGCGGCGACCUCUCGCCCGGGGACCUCACGGACCUGAGGUCGGCCCUAGUCAACAACGUCACCUUCGCCUCAUACGUCGUCAGGCUGGGGUUACACAAGUACUUCUGUUCUCAAUUCAACGGCGUCCUGGAGAACGCCAUCAAGACGUUCGUGGAGCACCAGGAGCAGUUGGACCACGUGCUGCUGGAGGACGUGCUCUACCUCAUAGAGGAAGAGGACUGUAAUAUAGCACAAUACAUCGACGUGCCCAAGGCUCUGAGCGACAUCUUCGAGUCCCUAACAGGGGCCAUGUUCCUGGACAGCGGCGGGGACCUGAAGCUCGUGUGGAAGGUCAUAUACAGGAUCAUGCACAAAGAAAUACACGAUUUCAGCAUGAAAGUACCCAAACAACCCGUCAGGGUGCUCAUGGAGAUGAUACACGCCUGUCCCAGCUUCGGCAAAUCCCGCGCCACCGAGUCGGCGGUUCCCAAGAUAUUGGUUCCCGUGACCUUCACACACGCCGGCCAGCGGCAGACGGUCUAUGGGGCCGGCAGUAACAAGGUGCAGGCCAAGCGAGCUGCCGCUAAGCUCGCGCUCAAGAUACUCGCUACAUAGAACACUGUGGAAUAUCCCAGAACAUUAUAGAACAUUCUGGAAUGUUAUGGAAGUUCAGGAAGUUCUACAUGCCAUAGAACAUUCUGGAAUGAUGUGACCGUCCCAAUUUAUUUGUUGUGCUGGAGUCACCGUUCCUUCUCGUUAUAUUAUUUUAUUCAUUCCAUGCAACUUCAACCCUUAACUUACAAAUAGAAAAGUUAAAACUUUCUAAUACUCUUCCAAUAAUUUUUAAAGCAAUAUUGAAACAACUGUUUUUUUUUAUUUAAAUGUUGCCUGUUUGUAUACAGUCAGGAAUGCAUUGUAUUAAAUAUAAAAAUAGAAAGAUUUUAAUAGUAUGUUAAUAAUUAAAAAACUCGUGUUUAUAUAUGUGUGCGUGUGUGUGUGUGAAUAUGUGUGAGUUUUAGGUAAAUAGAUAUAUCCAUACAAAUAAAAUAUAUGGACAUAAAAUUAAUUUAAUUACUAUUUAUUGGAAUGUAAACAUUUUACGGUGCUUUUAUAUAUUUAUAUAAUGAUAUUAUUCUGUCUCAAAUAAUGUCUCAAGUAGAAUUACAGUCUACUGAAAAGGACUGAAUCACAAAGGAAUGUUGUCCGAUGGUGCAAUACUUAUGAAUAGCAUCAAAAUAGGUUUAUAAUGAUAUAUAUAAUAUUGUAAUAAGUCACUAUUCAUAUAAUAAUUCGAAAAUUUCUGUUUACAUUUUAAGAAUAUUAUAAACCAUACUUUAAGCAAUUCAUCUUUUCAACUUUUUUAUCAUACAAUUGUAAAUUCCUCCAAAAUUACACUGAAAAUUUUAUUCGACCUACUUGGUUGAGUCUUAUCAGCCUUUUUUGUAAUCUGUACCAUCUAAAAUACCAGACGAGAGACUUGCUCUUGUGAUUUGAUAGGCUCUAAAUGUAGUUUAUAUUACAUGAAUGGAAAAACUUAUGAUAAUGUCUGUAGUGAUUGUUUUGUAGCCCGUGUCUAUGGUCUAUGGUAUAAAAUCGAUUUUAUUUAGUUUAGUUUUAUUUAGUUAGUAUUUUUUUUUAUUUACGUUCGCCUCAAACUAAUAUCAGCUUUGUUAGAUUUUAAAAUAUUUUCCAAACACGCCCAAAUCUAUUUUUGGAAAUGAGAUCUAUUUGAUGUAGGAAUAUUUUAAAUGUUAACCGAAUACAAUAAUAUAACUACGUACAUACAGCAGUAUGUUCUUAGUUUUUUCUAAAAGUUAUUAAGUAUUUUAAAGAAAAAAAAAUUGUAUUAUAUACGAUACAUUUAAAAUAACUUUUAUAUAAAUAACCUCCGAUUGCUCCGGCUCGUAAUGUUCAUAUUAUUAAAUUUAUUUUACUACGGGAGCUCGUAAUGUGAUUAUAAUACUAAUGCUGUAAUUGAGAACAAUCUUUUGACUGAUGACGUGUCCGCCAUUUUCUGUCAUAUUUGAUGUCUAGCAAUAUCUGUGUAAUAAACUUUUAUUAUAAAUAUGUUUUCAGAA